AUCAACAAACUCCCUUACUACACCCUCCAUUUUUAACUGUCACUAACUGAUCUCUCUCAAAUGGCUAUGGCUUCCUUCUGCAACAUUUCAACACACUUUUUCUCUCAUCACACUCACACUCAAACCAACUUCUACCACUAUAACCAUUCAUCUUUACCAAGCUACACCAUCAAAACCCGCCAUGAAAUUUCCACAUUCUUAAGUUCCAAGCUCAAUCAUUACUCUGCCUCUUUGUCCACUUUCAUGCCUACCCAUUUGCUUAAUUCUCCUGUUUCUACCGCUUUCUCGGCCGGAAAUGGAGGCGGGUUUCCAGGGAGUGGAGGUGGUGGUGAUGGUGAUGGUGAUGGAGAUGGUGGUGGUGGUGGUGAAGAGGAAGAAAGGGACAGAAAUAGGAAAGAGGCAAUGCUGGUUCUGGCGGAGGCCGGAAAGUCUUUGGAGAGUUUUCCGGCGGAUUUGGCGAUUGCUGUUAAGGCGGGGAGGGUUCCGGGUUCGAUAGUGAGGAGGUUUUUUGAGUUGGAGGAGUCAGUUGUGUUCAGAUGGUUGUUAAAAUUUGGAGGGUUUAAGGAAAGGUUGUUGGCUGAUGAUUUGUUCUUAACCAAGCUUGUUAUGGAAUGUGUUGUUGUUAUCUUCACCAAGGCUGCUGCAGAGUUGGAGCGACGUAAAGAAAAUUUCUCAAAAGAGAUGGAUUUUGUUGUCGCUAAUGUGGUAACAGGCAUUGUAACAGGUUUUGUACUUGUAUGGUUUCCUGCGCCCACCGUUUCUCUUAAACCUCCUCCUGCAGUUAGUGCUGGAGCUAUUGCCAAAUUCUUCUAUGGCUGUCCUGAAAAUGCUUUCCAGGUGGCUUUGGCAGGAACAUCAUACACACUUUUACAAAGAAUAGGUGCUAUAGUGCGUAACGGAGCAAAGCUAUUUGUAGUCGGAACCGGUGCUUCACUGGUUGGUAUAAGUAUAACAAAUGCAUUGAUCAAUGCACAGAAGGCUGUAAAUAAAACAUUUACGGUCGAGAAUUUACCUGUAAUAUCAACCAGUGUAGCUUAUGGAAUUUACAUGGUAGUAGUUAGCAACCUCAGGUAUCAAGUACUAGCAGGAAUUAUUGAGCAACGGAUUCUAGAACCGUUACUACGUCGAAACAAGCUUAUACUAACUGCAGCGUACUUUUUUAUUAGAACUGCAAAUACUUAUUGGGGCUCUCUACUGUGGGUGGAUUUUGCUAGAUGGGUUGGAGUCCAAAAGAUAAAGAGUUAACCAUUAGUUUACAUCACAAGAUAUAUAGUGUGAUGAAUUCAAUUGGUUAAAGCUUGUGUACAUUUGUUCAUUCAAAGAACUCUGAAUUGUUGGUUCUUAAAUUUGUUCUCUUUGUUUUUGUUUAUUUUGGUUUAAAAUGCAUUUAGUCCCCCACAACAUAUAUCAUUUUUUGCUUUUA